ACCUCCGCUGCAAGCUUGGAACUCCACUGAAUUACUUAUUCCAUUUCCCUUGUAAUUGAACUAGAGUAGGUUUUUUUAUUUAUUUUUAGAGUAGCUUUUUUGGGAAAAUCUCUAAAGGGUUUCUGCCAUCCUGAAUUCUGAUACUGCCCUUUUAGCUAUUGUUGAAUUUGAAGUCUGAAACUUUACCAACCCUAUAGCAUUACUAGCGUUUCUGUUGGAUAUUACUUUCAGCAUCUGUCUUUGGUUCAAGUUUCAUAUGCUCCUCUCUUGGGGUUGAACAACGGAGUUUUAAGCCUAUCUGGAUUGAGUCCAUGGUUAAUUGAUUACGGGAUGCUGAUAUUUCGUUUCUUUCAAAAAUAAAAGAAAAAGGGAAUCUGCUUUCCCUUUUUUGUGAGUUUGGUGAGCUGUUAACUAAUGCCAUUCUUUUCUUGUUUGUCUCCUUUAUGCUCUGAAAGGUUCACUUUCUUGUCUGUGGGGCUUUUUUUUUUWWAAAAAAAAAGAAACAUUAGUAUAGACCUGAUUUAGGGUUUCAGAAAGCAGAGGUAAGUUGCUGCUGCUGUGUAGAUUAUAUGCCUGGUGCACUGGAUUUCGCCUUUUCCUUUGUGUAUAUAGGAUGCUGUAACUGAGGCCAUCUUUUGCUUUAAUCUCUUCCUUGCUCUAUAAAGCUGCCAUGGUUACUUGUUCCUUGUUGAGUCCUGCAAGAAAUUACCAGCUGUUUUUAGUCAAACCCACUUUGGCUUUUACUUACAGAGCUUCUAUUUUAAGUUAACUUGCUAUUUCAAUUGCAUUUCCUGGUUUUGGGAGAAACUCUGAAUUAGGGUCUCUUUUUUUAUUUUUUCGUGGAAUAGGUUGAACUAAGUAUAUUGUUUUGAACUUAUUAGUCUCGUUUAGGGGACAUGGGUGCUGGUGAUAACGGGAAUCUGGGGUUCCAACAGAGAGGUGGAAGUCUUUUAAAUUAUCCAUCUUCAGGGAUGAUGUACAUGCCUGAGAAGGUUGUUGGGAUGACAAUGAGCACGAUGCCCAUGUGUAAACCUUCCAAUCUAGUAGACUCAUCAUUCGGUUCUGCUUGGGAUCCAUUUGUUUCACAGGCACAGAACGUGGAGUUUCAAGCUUCUUCAAUGGCAUCUCGUCAAAUUGUUACUUCUCACUAUGGUGUUGGCUCGCUGGAAAACCAAGAAAUCAGCACUGAUCCUCGCCUUGUUCAGUUUCCAUCUGAUGCUAACCUUGUUAACCUAGUACCCAAGUUACCAUGCUUCGGCAGUGGGAGCUUCUCUGAUGUGGUUAGUUCCUUUGGUUUGCCUCCGUGUGGCCAAAUUGUUAAUUCCGAGUGUCCUUCUGAUUGCCCUUCCUCGAAUAAGGAGAAUGGUACUGAGAUAACCUCAACAAGUCCAAGGGAUGGUGUUCAUGCCACGGUCUUUCAGGAAGACCACCACCAUAUUUUAGACGAGGGAACUGGGGGGCCUUCACCUAAUGGAAAGAAAAGGAAGAGAGUGCCUGAGAGCCAUUCUCAACUUGAUCCCAGACAGAGUGAGAUUGAACCGCAAAGAGAAGUUUCACAGGAGAUACUAGUUGGUCCCAAGGAGCAGGACGACAAAAAACAGAAAAAGGAGCAGAAUGCAGGCACUAAUUCGCGUUGUAAGUUAACAGGUAAGCAAGCUAAAGACCAGUCCCAGAAUGGGGAAGGUCCAAAAGAAGAUUACAUCCAUGUAAGAGCCAGAAGAGGCCAAGCUACCAAUAGUCACAGCCUGGCAGAGAGGGUUCGAAGAGAAAAGAUCAGUGAGCGGAUGAGAUAUCUUCAAGAUCUUGUUCCAGGAUGCAACAAGAUUACCGGGAAGGCAGUAAUGCUCGAUGAGAUUAUCAAUUAUGUGCAGUCACUACAACGGCAGGUUGAGCAGUCACAAGAAUAUUCCCUGACCAUGGUCGCAGCAGAUGCUAAAACACAAGCGGACCACUGCAAGUUUCUGUCUAUGAAACUUGCCACUGUCAAUCCCGAGAUAAACAUUGAUAUAGAACAGAUUCUUUCAAAAGAUGUAAGUAAGACUGAGAUUCUUCAUUCGCGGGGUGGCAGUUCAGGUAUUCUUGGAUUUGCUCCAGCAAUGAGCUCUUCUCUUCCACAACAACACAUCACUCAGCCGGAUGGAGCCUUUCUAAUCCAGGGUUCAAAUCCACAGUUAACCACCAUGUCUCAGGCACCUAGUGCAUGGGAAGAUGAGCUUCAAAAUGUUAUGCAAUUGGGGUUUGUUCCUAAUCCAACUGUGGACAAUCUUGGGCAGAAUGGCUGCAUGAAGGUGGAGCUAUAAAUGUGAGUUUUGAAGGGAAGUUGCAUCCCUUCUAACAGGAAGCUUCAACCAGUCUUCAUUUAAUUACACACUUUCACUACAAGAUCAGUAGGAAAAAAAAAAAAAUUAAGAAAUUCUUCGGAGCUGUAUAGUCCAUUGCUCCUAACAAUUUGUUCUUCGAGUUUUAGCAGAAGAAGGUGACUUCAUAGGCACAAACCGUGUAUAGUCAGACAGCAUAGAUGACUUGAUCGGGAGAGGUGGUUGUUUUCAUGGAUGUUAUAGUAUAGAGGUUGUAUUUGAUAUGCUUUGUUAGAGUUUUCAGAAUCUGUAACAAAUAGAUUGUUAAUAGAGUGCACCAAGUUAAGAAAUGCGUUUGAAGCUCAUGGGUCCAUUGUGAGAGGUGAUUGUUUUCAUGGGUGUUAAUAGUAUAGAGGUUGUAUUUGAUAUGCUUUAUUGGAGUUUUCAGAAUCUGUAACAAAAAGAUUGUUAAUAGAGUGCACUAAGUUAAGAAAUGCGUUUGAAGCUCAUGGGUCCAUUGUGAGCUUGAUUUGGGGUGCAUUUCAUCUGUUGAAAGCCUAGCUUUAUUGUACUACAAUAAGAGUGUAGUAUGAGUUUCUCCUAUUAUGUUUGUUUGUGUUUAAAGACCUCUAAUGCAAGUUGUGUUUGUACUGGUAUACAAGAUGCUUACGUCAAGAUUAAUGAAUGAGAUUUGGUUUCAAGUA